UAAAGUAACCGCGAGAAGCUGUGCGAGCUUCUUGAACGGAAUCCAAAGUUAAUGCAAAUGCUUCAGGUUGUUUUCUACACUCAUUUUUCCCCUCUUAUGCUUUCUGAAAGCAUCAUUGACCUUUGUGUUCACUUGUAGAGUUAACGCUGAAAGGGGGUUUUGUAAUUGUUCGUUGUGACAGGACGACUACGGCAACUGUGAGAAGAAAGAGCGACCACUUAGCAAAGUAUAUCCCUCGUUUACUAGUUGUUUCUCCAUUCAUGUAAUGUUUUAACACAGAGCAUGUACAUUGUUUCAGUUGAUGUGUAGACAUAAGUUGUAAAGUAUGGAGAGCUUGUUUGUAAGCUACGGACACGAGACUUGUUUAGUGAACAACGAAUAGAUGACUUACUACCAACUUUGGUAUUAUCUUAAGAUUUAAAGAAAUGACAAAUUUAAUACUAUGUAUGGUAGGGGCUGCGCGAACGCAAACCCCCUCUGCCACAAAUAAUGACGUAAGCUCUUCCACUUGGGAAGACUUUAGGCUAAGCGCCCUUCCUCGGUGCAAUGGAAGUCACUAGCCUAGGCCACUCGUCUUCUUGAUCACGAGUCGACCCCGUCCAGGUAAGUAAUUUGUAUGUACCCAUGAGGCUCUCUUUUAUACUGUGUCUCCAGAGCCUUCUUUGUUUCCCGUAACCGAUGUGGGACGUUAUAAAGUCUCAAACCUUUUGCUGUUCUUGUUUCUUUGAGAAGCACCGCGUGCCGUUUCAUCGCACGCGAGACGGCAAGACCUUGGCUUACUGUUUACAUCCUCUACUGGGCUGGGUAUCCCUUGAGGCCCAAAAUUAGUUAGUAGUAUAAGGUCAUCAAUGACCGACUCUUAAAUUAGCGUCUACUAUAUAGUGUUGGGCCUGUUGGUUAAAGCUAUAGCUUACCUAGAGAGUUAAACGAGAUUGUAGAUGGAUGUCUAAACUCUAAAGCAAUAAUGGACAUGGUCCAUGGGUUGUGUAGAUCUCUUAAGUUAUAGAUACGUAAACGUUGGUUGAAAUUCAACUACCUGGUAAGUAAGUUAUGAUGUAGAUAACAACUUUAAAUUGUGAUUUGUGAGUUGAGUGGAAAGGUAAUCUAGAAACUUGGAUGUCACGGAGAGAACAGUUAUUCAACCUUUUAACUAUUUUAAUGCUGCAUUUUCUAUAUAUUAACAACUUCAAACUCCCUUCGCUGAUCUUUCUAUAAAAUUCAAUAACUGAGCUAUAUCGAGAACAAAUCUAAGUCUUUUGUUACAAAAUUGAGUAAAAGUACAUUAAAAGGGAGUUAAUACCCACAAUGAUGUCCAACAAAAUAAUAUGUAGAAGUUUGAUAUUUAAAAAUGGUUAUAAAAACGAAAACUUAAUAUGGCCAGCGAUCAAAACCAAAAAGUAAGAAAAAAAUAACAUAGAAGCAAUAUUCUAAAAGUAUACACUAGACUUCCACUUCAAUGUUCUCAGUUCGUGCAUUCAACUGGAACGCAUAUGCAACUCUAGUUCAUACAAUAUAUCUUGUUGAUACGUUGUAUUAAACAAAGUUGGAUACUCGAUUAUCUAUGUUUUAAACCUCUUAUUUUGUCUUUGAAAAAAGACAACUAUAUUAAAAAUAUAUAGUUGGUGAUUAGUCACUUCGUGAAAUUUUGGAAGUUUAUGAAAAAGUGGAGCCGUCGAGUGACUUAUAAACUAAAUCGCAUAAGAAAAUAGGAUUGGCAAUAUCCAAUGCGACUUUUUCAGGGAAAAAAAAAGCAUAAUCACUUUUAAGAAAGCUAUAUAUAAAGGAUGUUUUAUAAAUGCUAGUGGUGUUAGAUAUUUAUAUUAUAAGGGAACCAAUUGCACUAAGUUCAUAUAUAUCACUAAUAAAAAUGUGGCUCAUAUUAAGACAAGUAAUUAUAAGUUAAGACUUGAACUUAUAAAUGAGCUUCUACAUAUAUAUAAUGAGAGAGAAGAUAUUCUUGUAAAGAAGAUAUUAGCAGCUGAUAAGAAUUGAUGGCGAAUAGAUAAAGCUGGUGGUGAGAUAAGCUGAAGUACCACAUAAGUACAUAUAAACAAAAGCAAACACUAAACUUAACCAACUAAACUAUAUAUUGUUUUCAAUCUAAUCUUAAUUUAAUUUUGCUUAUCUCGUAUUCUUAUUUUGAAUAUGACUUUAUUUUUUUUGUUUUUACUGUUUACAUUUACAUGUUAAUCUUAUGUAUAUGCUCAAAGAAAAUAACUAUUUAUGUUUCCAUCAAUUUCAUUUAUAUAUAAUUAGCUUAGCGAAUGAAGAAAUGCAGUUUGUAAGAAAUAUAUAAGACAUAAAAGAUAUGAACAAAUAUAAAUUUACCAUAUUGCUUAUACAUAAAUGUAUAAUUACAUGAAGAAUGCUAUAAUGGUGGCUAAAUGUUCACUUAUGAGAUUUUUUCCAUCAGAGUUAAUUUAUUCUGUUAAAUCGCGCUUCCUGCAUUGUUAGAUUACCUAGCUACUGGUGGGGUUUUAUCGAUCAAAAUGACGAAAAAUGAAAAUAAUUACGUUAGUACAUCAUAUUAACUUCUAAAUUUGUUUUUCUAUAAGUUUCAUCAUCCUUUAUCAUUUUAAAACAGAUUCAAUUAUCAGUAUACUCUCAGUAUCAUUAAAAGUCAAAGAAUGCUAAUCCAUAACGUCUCUAAAACCAACAAAUAUUUUCUUACAAAAUGUACACACUUGUUUUAUUCCCUCUGAGUUAUAUAUAUUGAGCUUAUAUACACACGUGUACGGUGUACCUCCAGCUCCAGGUACGCAAAAUAACUUCAACUACUUAAAGAAAGAUAACAAAAGAGGAAACAAAGGGACAACAUGUAAAAGAACACUUGAAAACCUAGUUAAGAAUAACAUAUCAACAAGUGUCGAAUCUAUCCAUGUAAUGGUAUGUGUUUGGUCUAUUUACAGAAUCAUACAACGUUUAGAGUGUAGUAAACUUUACAUUAUAGUCCAUAUGGAAUGAGUCACGAGCUUAUAAUAGCAAACAUUGGUAUGUCACUGUUGAAGUUGUCAGACUGUUUACUUUAUUUAUUUAUUUAUGAUUUUUGAGUGGUGCUCCUUUUUUUACAUAUGACGCAUAGACAAAAAAACUUACAAGGACCACAAUCAUAAUGAACAAUGUAGUUGACAACCCAAGCACUACUCUACAUAAUGAAAAAAUUGAAUAAAUAAAAGUUUCAAGUGGGAUCACUAUAGCUUUUGAAGAAAGCACGUCAAGCCAACGCUACAGUUAGAAAAAGAAAAAAAAAACAAACAAAACAAAAACAGAGUAGCAGCAUAAAAGUUGAAGGUGAUUGGUGGGUGAAGCUAGAGUUGCCAUCAACACUUGUAAUUCAUAUAUUGGUUAGUCUCUCUCUUUCUCUCUAUCUCUAUUAUAAUGUUGUCAUGAACUCUGUUUCUUCAUUUGGAACCGACAUGGCUCCUAACACUUGGGAUCUUCUCUGCCUCUUCCUAGGAAUCUGAAGCUCACACUCUCGAACAGAUCUUUCAUCUUAGCAUCAUUGAAUAGCGACUUCCUUUAGUUUCUAGUUUCUAGACUUUCUGUGUUGGAUUUUGGAGAUGGCUAUGCAGACUAGUCCACAGAUCUCUUGGUGGAAUGCUUUUGGAUCUCAGCCGUUGCCUCCGGUGAGUCUUGCCGGAGAUUCUGACUCGUUCGGAUCUGCCGUAGAGACAGAACAUGGUGUGGAUAAACAGAACAACUCUGCAACUCACUUGGCUUUCUCACUUGGUGAUGUAAAGAGUUCAAGAGUUGUGGCAAAGCCUCAUGGAGCUGCUUUCUCAAUGCAACCACCUUGCUUGGAACUUGGAUUUACUCAGCAACAGAUGUAUCCUUGUGUUGAACAAGGAUACUAUGGAGUUGUUUCAGCCUAUGGAUCUCAGAGCAGAGUAAUGCUUCCUCUAAACAUGGAAACAGAAGAUGGAACAAUCUUUGUGAACUCAAAGCAAUACCAUGCCAUCAUCAGGCGACGCCAAUCACGUGCAAAGGCUGCUGCUGUUCUUGACCAGAACAAACUGAGUAGCAGAGGCCGUAAGCCAUAUAUGCAUCACUCUCGCCAUCUCCAUGCACUGCGCCGUCCUAGAGGAUCCGGUGGAAGAUUCUUGAACACUAAAAGUGGAACCGAUGCAAAGAAAGCUGAUGGAACUAAGCAGACUCAGAGUCAGGCUAUGUCUCAGCAAAGUAACUCUCAGAACUCUGAAGUUCUUCAUCCGGAAAGUGGGACCAUGAACUUAUCUACCGGACUAAAUGUGUCUGGAUCAGAAGUUACAAGCAUGAACUACUUUCUGAGUUCUCCGGUUCAUCCUCUUGGUGGCAUGGUGAUGCCUGGCAAGUGGACUGCAUCAGUAGCAGCAAUGGAUAAUGGCUGCUGCUAUUUCAAAACCUGAUAUUUUACCUUUGUUUCUCAGUCAACUGGAGAUAGAGAGGAGAGAACUCUUUGUCUUGGAAAAGGACAAUGAGUUUUUUCUUUUUAUUCUUGCAUUUGACUGUGGACAGGCAAAUCAUCUUUGGCUCAUUCUCUACUUAGGCUUCUUCACCGUCAGGUGAACGGAGCCUUGGUUUUAUCUCAGUGUGAAACUAGUUAGAUGGGGAUUUGGCAACUAAACCCACUUGUUCCAACUCUAUCGCUUGCUUUUAUGAUGUUGUAUCUCUCCCUCAUUGCGUGUGUGUGUGUGUGUUUAUGUAUGUUUCUGAAACAAUUGUAAAAACUUGUAGUUGUGUGGCUUAUGUAAUAUAUUUCAGUCCUGCUUUCGUAUAUUUUUUCCUUA